AUCCCAUCUCCCUCUUCAAGAAAAACUCCCAACCAUCGGAUCACAUUCUGAUCUAGAUUUGAUCCGAGAGGUUUUUGAAGCCCAAAUUUCCCUACCCUUUGUGAUGGAGAAGAUACAAUCAUUGACAUCCGAGAAUGGAGUUGUCAUAUUCACCAAGAGUACCUGUUGCUUGUGCUAUGCUGUCACCAUUCUGUUCCAAGAACUUAGGGUGAACCCCGUAGUUUAUGAGAUAGACCAAGAUCCCGAGGGUAGGGAGAUGGAGAAGGCUCUUCCGAAGCAAGGGUGCAACUCGCCCCCCGUGCCAGCUGUCUUCAUAGGGGGCAAGCUUGUGGGGUCCACCAAUGAGGUCAUGUCCCUCCACCUAAGCGGCUCUCUCAUUCCACUGCUGAAGCCGUAUCAGUCCCUGUCUUAAACAAACCGCCACUCUGGCUUAAUGGGUACGAAUCAUCUGAAGGAAUAAGGUUGGCUCAAGACCGUGAUCAAUAGUAAUCUAUUCAACUAGACUGUGUUCUGUAUUAUUAGUACUCUCAUAGCUUUUCAUUAGCUUAAUUAAGCUUCUAGUGGGGGUAAGGAAGAUUGUCUUUUAGGCUAUUAUGAUUAUCAUUAGUUUUUAGAUUAUGAAUGUAGCUUAAUUUAAUCUGUUUAACAUGUGUUUGAUGAAAACACGUGGAUAUCGUUCAGAUGAAUGUGAUUAU